AUUCCCCUCUCUCUCUCUCUCUCUCUCCUUUUUAAUUAGUGGUUGCUCCAUUUACUCACCACUCUCAUUAUUUUUCGCGGUCCUUUCAUCUUCCCAACUUCAACUCUUCCAUCUCGCUCUCGCAUCGUCUUUUCUUCACCGUCUCCUCUGCCAGGGUUUGAAAUGGAGGCGAAGGAUAAAGUGAAGGAAGAGGAUACCGCAGUGGAGUCUCCAACUUCUGUCCUUGAAGACGAGGAUGUCUGUGCCACGAAAGAGGAAGUUAAGUCUGAAGAAGAGGUGAUUGCUGAUGUUAAAGACGAUGGAUCCUCGCUUAUAUCGAAAACAAUGGCGGAGGAGGAAGAGAAGUUACUCGAAGCCAGGAUGAAGGAAGAGGAGGUGCAGUGUGAGGAGGCGCUGGACCUAAAUGACACUCAGUUUAACAAAUUGGAUGAGCUUUUAACUCAAACCAAGCUGUACUCUGAGUUUCUGAUGGAGAAAAUGGAUGACAUCACACUUACCGUGGGUGAACAAGAGAAUGAGGAAGAGCAAGAGGCCAAUCCUUCUGCAAAGAAGAAGGGCCGUGGAUCAAAAAGAAAAGCUGCUUCACAGUACAAUACUAGGAAGGCCAAACAGGCAGUUGCUGCCAUGCUGACCAGAUCUAAAGAAAGUGAGGAGACUGAAGAUACGAACAUGAGUGAGGAAGAAAAAGUUGAGAAAGAGCAGAAAGAGCUCAUGCCUUUACUGACAGGUGGGAAAUUGAAGCCUUAUCAACUCAAGGGUGUAAAGUGGCUGAUUUCCUUGUGGCAAAAUGGAUUGAAUGGGAUUCUUGCUGAUCAAAUGGGUCUUGGGAAGACAAUCCAAACAAUUGGAUUUCUCUCGCAUCUUAAAGCAAAAGGUCUGGAUGGGCCAUACAUGAUAAUUGCUCCUCUGUCAACCCUCUCAAACUGGAUGAAUGAGAUUUCUAGAUUUGCCCCAUCACUCCCUGCCAUUAUCUACCAUGGUGACAAGAAACAGAGAGAUGAGAUCCGAAGGAAGCAUAUGCCUAGAGCCAUUGGCCCAAAAUUUCCUAUAGUCAUAACAUCUUAUGAGAUUGCUUUAAAUGAUGCAAGGAAAUAUUUCAGGCCAUACAAUUGGAAAUAUCUUGUUGUUGAUGAGGGACACAGACUCAAAAACUCACAAUGCAAAUUAGUGAAGGAAUUGAAAUACAUAAAUGUUGAAAACAAGAUUCUUCUAACGGGAACUCCUCUUCAGAAUAAUUUGGCAGAACUAUGGUCUCUGUUGAACUUCAUUUUGCCUGAUAUUUUUGCAUCCCUUGAAGAAUUUGAGUCAUGGUUUAAUCUGUCUGGAAAAUGCAAUAAUGGGACAACCAAGGAAGAACUGGAAGACAAGCGAAGAGCUCAAGUAGUAGCAAAGCUUCAUGCAAUUCUUCGACCCUUUCUUUUGCGUAGGAUGAAGUCUGAUGUUGAGAUUAUGUUGCCACGGAAAAAGGAAAUUAUUAUCUAUGCAAACAUGACUGAGCAUCAAAAGAAUUUGCAGGAUCAUUUAAUUAAUAAAACGUUGGAGAACUAUUUACAGGAAAAAUCAUUAAAUGGACAUGCUGUACGUAAGAUUCAUAAUUUGGUUAUUCAACUUCGGAAGGUGUGCAACCAUCCUGACCUCAUAGCUUCACCCUUUGAUGGUUCAUGUUUAUAUCCUCCUGUAAACGAGAUAGUUGAACAAUGUGGGAAGUUCAAUUUGCUUGAUCGAUUGCUGCAACUUUUAUUUGCAAGGAAUCACAAGGUUCUUAUCUUCAGUCAGUGGAGUAAAGUGUUAGAUAUAAUGGAUUAUUAUUUUAGUGAGAAGGGCUAUGAAGUUUGCAGGAUUGAUGGUAGUGUGAAACUGGAUGAAAGGAAGCGACAGAUCCAGGAAUUCAAUGAUGCAAAUAGCAAUUGCAGAAUUUUUCUUCUUUCUACAAGGGCUGGUGGAUUGGGAAUUAACCUCACUGCAGCUGAUACUUGCAUUCUUUAUGACAGUGACUGGAAUCCUCAGAUGGAUUUACAGGCCAUGGAUAGAUGUCAUAGAAUAGGCCAAACAAAGCCUGUGCAUGUUUACAGGCUCUCGACAGCUCAAUCCGUGGAGGGUCGCAUGUUGAAAAGAGCUUUCAGCAAAUUGAAGCUGGAGCAUUUAGUGAUUGAGAAAGGACAGUUUCAUCACGAACGUUCAAAACCUGUCAGUACGGAUGAAAUGGAGGAAGAGGAUGUAUUGGCAUUGCUUCGAGAAGACGAAACAGCCGAAGAUAAAAUGAUACAAACAGAUAUUAGUGAUGAAGACCUGGAGAAGCUCUUGGAUCGCAGUGAUCUUGUGAUCAAUAACUCGAACGAUGAUAACUGUAAAGCUCCAAGCAGUUCCUUUCCUCUUAAAGGGAGAGGGUGGGAGGUGGUGAUUCCAACUGCCACUGGGGGAAUGCUCUCUACUCUUAACAGCUAGCUUCUCGUCACUACUAAUGGCUUUUUGUAGUAUGAUAUGAGAUGGAAUGGCUUUUUGAGACGGUCUCAUGUCACGGAGGUAUUGUCCUGCAGGGCAUUCAUUUUUGUAUAUGCUUUUAAGGUAACUAUGUUUAGAACUGAAGCUACUCUGGCCAUGCUUUUUGCGACUUGGAAUUACACACUUAAUAUAUUGAGUGGCGAAAUUUCAUGUUCAAUGAAAUGAAUUGGUUUGGUUACGAUAAACCUUAACAAUUUUUUUUUUCA